CAUAUGAGCGCUCCUUUAUAUUGUCAGAGUUGGCCAAGUUGACCUGCCUAAGUUGUCUUCGCGGAUAAAAUGGGUUUUAGCAAUAUCUGGUACUCGCACCCCCGCAAAUACGGUCAGGGAUCGAGAUCCUGCCGUGCUUGCGCCAACAAACAUGGUCUCAUCCGCAAAUACGGUCUGAACCUGUGUCGACAGUGCUUCAGGGAGUAUGCCAGUGACAUUGGUUUCAAGAAGUUGGAUUAAAAAGUAAACUCUGGAUUUCAAAACCGAUUCCACUAUCAUUUUAAUUUAACUUGAAAGUUAAGAAUGUUUUGAGCUGUAAGUAAAAAAUUAAGUAAAACAGCUUUUUUUAAAAAAAAAAA